AUGACGACGAACAACGAGGAGGAAACCUUCUUGGACUCUCCAGAUGCUCCCAGUGCCCCUGAAGAACCCGAAAUCGACACGAUGAGCCCGGCUGCCGAGAGCACAUUGAGUCAGCCAAACCUGCCCUAUUCCCUCAACGAAGACAGCAUGAUGAAUGCCCAAGGGUCCAUGCGACGAAACGGAGAUGCUCGAAUGCUAUCCGAGGCUUUUUUGGACGACGGUGGCCCCAACCUUCCCCGGCACUCAUUGAUGGAUAUGGCCCUCAUGCAGGAUCCAACGAAUUUCAAGUCAGUGCAGCUACAGCUGGAAGAUGCCAUGGAAAGCGUAGAGGAAGUGGAAUCCAACAGUGUGGGUCCGGAGUCAAUCGAUUAUGACACUCUGGAAAAUCAACUUGGGCAGAACAUGGCCCAAUACGCAUUGUACGAGCUGGUUACGCAAUUUCUCUAUGAUGGUUGCUGGUGGCUCUUCAAAUGGCCACGUCUUGCUAUUAGUUAUCUCUUGGGUCUGUUGGGCUGUAAACGGUGGUUUGGUUUGGAGGAUCCAGAGGAUGAAAAGAAGGAGUACCCUACUGUCUACAAGGCAAUGUCCGUGAAAGCCGCACAGGCAGCAAAUGCCAAUGUCGUGGCUGGGACUGGAGCCAUACAGGUGGCGGCUACCAAACAGUCCUCAACCAUGACAACCAGCUAUGCUGCAGCUUUGGCAGCUGGUAUAGCUAUUACGGCGGCAGCAUUAAUGUCUCGGAAUCCCACAGUAGGUCCUCCCACUGAUAUCUACUCGAGACCUCUGUGUAAUGACUCCUCCCUUGAGGACUAUGAUGUCAGAACAGGCAUUACCCGUCUUGUAAUGCAGAAUGUGACGUCAGUGGAAGUCAAUGCCAACAAAGAUGAGCUAGAACAGGCCUUCCGAGAUGCCUACAAUAACAUGACUGAUCCUUGUGAUGACGAGUAUGAGCGCCACUUGUUGGGAAGUGAAUUACUUGAGGUAGAGAAUGUCACUGAUGGAGACAUACCCCUGACUCUGACAGUCUGGGAAUCAAAGGUCAGUUGCAAUGGCUGCCCAGAUGAUAACCCCCUUUUUAACGAGGGCGACCCACCAAAUGACACUGAUGUCAACAACAGAUUCGAUGAGUUUGUGACUCGAUUCGCUCCGGAAGUUGCUUCAACUGUGGACAACUCUACCAAAAACGCAGCUGGCCCAACUACCAUAUCUACACCACCCGAGACAAGGAGCACUCCCAUUGUCUAUAUUGAUGCUGUAGAUCCAAACAACCCAGAUGUCAUUGUGGAUAGCCAAGGCACCAUGCCACAAAAAAUGGAAGUCCCAUCAAAGUCAAAUGUGAUCCCAAAUACCAACCUGGUUCCUCCUGAAAACACUGCGGAUCGAGACAAUGAACUGCAGGCAGAUCCAGCAGAUACCAAUGCCGAUGGCCGGCCCACCAACGCUACAGUAAAUAAUCAGGCACCAUCGAAUACAGACACGAACACUGAAAACAACCAAGCUCCAUCACCAUCGACCAGUAACAAGGAGAUGCCUUCCACUAGCAACAACAGCAACAACCCAUUGCCAACAGUGGGAAACGGUAACGACCAAACGCCAUCAUCAUCCUUCACCGGACUCUCUCCUACUGUUGUUGGACCCACGUUAGGGCAACUUCCUUCAAUCAUUUCAUCAGGUUCAGACCCAGCCACUAGCCUGCCUCUCCCUGAUACCCAAGGUUCGCCUGUAGCACCUUCAGGUAUCGUGAAUGGUGGUAAUAGGCAGCCCGCUGCUCCCACUGUCAUUGGAGCCACACUUGGGGAACCAGCAGCAACAGCAGUGGGCACCAAUUCACCAUCCAAUAACAACAUUGCCAUGCCCAGCAGCAUCAACAACAGCCCUGCUGCACCAUCUAGAAGCAUACCCAGAACACCCAGUGUUGCUUCCCCAACAGCUCAUUCCCAAACGGGCCCUCCUGUUGCAGCAACAGGCCCUUCUGGAGAUCCUGUUGGAAGCUUUCCCGUUGUCUCAACAGCUGUUGAUCAAAGCCCUUUGAUAUCUGCGGGCCAACCAUCUAAUCCCAGCAACCAAGUGGCACCAUCAGGACAGUCAAAUCCUUCACCUAUUUCAUCCAGCUCUCUGAAUCCCAGUGUGAUUUCACCCAAUGCACCCUCUAUGAUGCUGUCCACCAAGACAGCUGAAGGCCUGUUGAAGAACUAA